UUCUUCAGGUGUAUACUGCAGUGGUAAAAUGGACCCAGUCAUUCCAUAUGCGGGAGUAAAAGUUUACAGAUACGAACAUUACAUUCCCACCUCCGCAUGCGUCGCCCAGCGGUGGCUGGGAUUGGGGGUACCCUGGGACAGAGUGGACUGCGAGAUUCCCGGUGGGACCCCAUGAACGGGCCUCAAAAUAGCUCCGUUUCCUGACAGCACAAUUACAGCGUGUGCGCCUCGGUUGAGAUAAUAAUAACGGCAGCCUUGCCAUUUGCCCCCUGUUAUUAUCAGCCGUCCAGUCUGGACUCUUCAGUGAGCACCGGCGGGGCACAGCGCACCCCUGAAGGGGGGCUCAGAGGAGGGAGAGAGCGUGUGCGGGUUCGGGAGAGGUGGGCGCGUUCACGGCGACGCAGGCCCCCUCUGGCAGCCUCUACCUCACCUGGCGUGGGUUCGAGAAAUCAAUGUGCUUUCUGUAGCUACAAAACUCCCAGGCCCCCGUUUCAGCUAAUGCAUUUAUCGAUCGGCUUGAUGGAUUUUUUUUUCCCCCUACGCUGGAGAAACGCCCCAGUCUUCCGCUCUUGGAAGCCCGCAAGCGCCAAGGCUGGACUGCCUCCCAGAAGCACCUCCUAAGAUUAAUCGGGUGAUUGGGAACUGCAGCCGUCAAACAAUUAUACUUGUAUUCCACUUAAAUCACUAAUUGACUAAUAUUGUGCGUGGAAUUAUAUGUCAUAAUAUUUUUUCCCUUUGCCCUUUGCAUUGACAAGACAUAUAUCAUGUCACGGAAAAGGUAACAGCCAUACGAAACUCCAUUGGUCACUCCAUAUGACCUGUAUUCAGUGGGCUGAUUUUUGAACAUGCAGAACAUUUUUUAAUGUUGGAUUUUCUGUCCCAUGGAGUUUUUUUUUUUGUUGAGAAAAUAAUCCCAAAGAUUGCUUUCAUACACUGUCUUACUUUUCUUUUAUCCCGAAAAUACAAAGCUUUUCAUUGAUGCAAUGAAAAAAAAAUGCAUUGUUCUUUUUUGAGAGAGGACAUCACCGUAACUUGAUACGUGUCUUUGUGAACCCCACUCAAGAAUGGAAUGAAUUCCGAAGGCCAAUAGAGGUCCUUUCUGUUUUCUGUUUUCAUUUUUCAGUCGUGCAACUGUUGAUAUCGUAUUUUUCGUCACGUACUCCGGUCUUUCUUGGGGGUUUUUGUGAGAGAUUGGCAGAGGAGACAAGGAAGACUUCUGGGCUUUCAGAGUUCAACAAAAGCUUGCAUUCCAUUCAUGUAAUGUAUCAGGUUAUACUCAUCCUGACGAAGUACUACCAUGCAGACUCCACCAAGGUGCUGGAAAGCUCCCUGUGGAGGUCCAGCGAUUAUGGAACCACUUACACCAAGCUCAACCUGAUGCCCGGGACAACCAUCAUCGUUACCAACUUCUACAUUUGUCCCACCAACAAGAAGAAGGUGAUCCUGGUCAGCUCCUCCAUUAAUGAGCGGGAUCAGAUGCUUUUCAUCAGCGUGGACGAGGGGGCGUCCUUCCAAAGGCAGCCCCUCUUCUUCACCGUGGAGACGCUGCUCUUCCACCCCAAAGAGGAAGACAAGCUGCUUGCCUACAGCAAAGAGAAAAAGCUGUACGUAUCCACAGACCUGGGUAGAAAAUGGACUUUACUGCAGGAACGUGUGACCAAGGAUCGGAUUUUCUGGUCUGUGGCUGGUGUGGAUGUGGACCCUGAUCUGGUGCAUAUGGAGAUGCAGGACACAAGUGGAGGCUUCCUGUAUGUGACCUGCCUCAUACAGAACUGUUCCGACAAAAUGGUCACCGCGCAGUUCCUGGGGAAGAUUGACCAGAACUCGCUAUCCGUUCAGGACGACUACAUAUUUGUGAAGGUGACCACAGGAAAUCGCACCAAGCACUACGUCUCCUACCGUCGGAACGAAUUUGCCCAAAUGAAGUUCCCCAAGUACGCUCUGCCAAAGGAUGUCCAGAUCGUCAGCACCGAUGAAAACCAGGUGAUCCUGGCUCUGCAGGAGUGGCAUCAGACUGAUACCUACAACCUGUACAUGUCGGACCCGCAGGGCCUGUACUACUCCAUCGUGCUGGAGAACGUGCGCAGCACCCAGCAGCCGGAGGAGAGCGUCCUCAUCGACAUACUGGAGGUCCGCGGAAUCAAAGGUGUCUUCCUGGCCAAUCAGAAGGUGGACGGGAAAGUGACGACGCUCAUUACCUACAACAAGGGACGAGACUGGGACCUGCUUACCCCUCCUGCUACGGAUAUGAACGGGAAGCCAAUCAACUGCAAACCGCCUGACUGCCACCUGCACCUGCACCUCCGAUGGGCCGACAACCCCUACGUGUCUGGGACGGUCCACACCAAAGACUCCGCCCCCGGCCUCAUCAUGGGAGCAGGUAACCUGGGCUCCCAGCUGAUAGAGUACAAGGAGGAGAUGUACAUCACUUCUGACUGCGGAAAAUCCUGGAGACAGGUGUUUGAAGAGGAACAUCACAUCCUGUACCUGGAUCAUGGUGGGGUCAUCGUAGCCAUCAAGGACACCUCCAUUCCACUGAAAAUACUCAAGUUCAGCAUGGACGAGGGCCGCACCUGGACCGUGCACAACUUCACCAGCACGUCGGUGUUCGUGGACGGGCUACUGAACGAGCCGGGGGAUGAGACCUUGGUCAUGACCGUGUUCGGCCAUAUCAGCUACCGGUCGGACUGGGAGCUAGUGAAGGUGGACUUCCGCCAGUCCUUCCCCAGGCAGUGCACGGAGGCGGACUACGACUCCUGGAAACUGACUGAUCUGCAGGGCGAGCGUUGCAUCAUGGGACAGGAGAGGAGCUACCGGAAGAGGAAGGAGUCGGCCUUCUGUAUCAAAGGGAAGAGCUUCACGUCCGCUCUGACGGCCAAGCCCUGCCAGUGCUCAGAGAGAGACUUCAGCUGUGAUUAUGGAUUCGAGCGUGCACCUAGCAUGAAAGCGGAAGGUGAUCGAUGCUUUGCAGACUUCUGGCACGACCCAGACUCCCCACCCGAGGACUGUCAACUGGGCGAGAGUUACGCAUCCAGCACAGGCUACCGGAAGGUGGUCUCCAAUGUGUGUGAGGGAGGAGUGAACAAGCAGCAGAGCUCCAAACAGCACACCUGCCCUCUGCUGUCCCCUAAUGGCCUGCAGCUUGGUGUCAAGGGUCAAAUGUUGGCUGUGGCGCCUGGUGAUGACAUCACUUUCAUCAUCCAUCAGGAACAGGGUGACACGGCCAACACUAAGUACCAGGUGGACCUAGGUGAUGGGGUACGGGCCAUCUACAGGAACCUGACCGUGACGGAUGAGCCCAUCCAGCACCGCUACGAGAAGCCGGGCGUGUACCGGGUCACCGUGAAGGCUGAGAACCCGUCCGGCCACAGCGAAGCCACUGUCUACAUCCAGGUCAACGCCCCUUUACAAGAAGUGCACCUGGAAGUAGUUCCCAUCGCUGGGAUAAACCAGGAAGUGAAUUUGACUGCUGUGGUGCUUCCCGCUGCCACCAACCUCACUGUCUUCUACUGGUGGAUCGGCAACAACCUCCAGCCCAAGCUCUCUCUGGAGAACAGCGUUAUCACCAAGUUCCCUGAGACAGGAGAGGUGUCGGUCACCGUCCAGGCCUCAAAUGGCCGGUCCAUGGUCCAGGACACCAGAACUGUCCGUGUGUUCGAUCAGUUCCAGGUCAUCCCUCUGAGUUUCAGCAGGAACCUUGACCAGUUCAACCCCAACAUUCCCGAAUGGAGAGAAGAUAUUGGGCAGGUCGUGACCAAGAUCCUGGCCAAGAUCACUGGAAUUCCACAGGAAUCCCUGGUUACCAUGGUGAGGCCAGGUCUACCAACCACAGCGGACCUGUACGUGCUUCCACUGGAGAGCAAACCGGCUAAGCGCAGUGUGUUUGUUGAUAAGAGGAUUCCCGCCAUAAAGCAGGCCUUCAAUGAGAACAACGUCAGCUUCAUUGUGAGGGGGGGUCUGGUGGUGCUGGUGACCCUGGCUGACCCCGAUUCAGGAGAAAUAACAAGAGACACAUCAACCCAUGCAACAGAAACCGGCUCCCAGGGGGGCAUGGCUGGAGCAGGCGUUUGGGCUCUGGCUCUAAUAUUUGUUAUCAGCCUGGUUGCCGUUGGAGCUUUCAUCCUUUACAAAUUUAAGAGAAAACUCCCAGGAAGGAAUGUCUAUGCCCAGAUGCACAACGAGAAGGAACAGGAGAUGACCAGCCCUGUCAAUCACAGCGAGGACACACAGAACAUCAUCCAGGGGGAGGAGUUUAUCGAUGAUGACCUGGACUCACAGACCCUAGGUAACUCAGGAGGUAACCACUCGGGCGUAGUGCUGAGCAUCAACUCGAGAGAGCUGCACAGCUACCUGACCAGCUGAUGGCUGCGGAGGGGCUGAAGAGCACGGACUCUGCCUUCUCUGUUUUAUUACACCGGCCCUCUCCCCAAGCCUGCGGAGGAGGGGCCAAAACCCCACCAGACCAUUUAUACACCCGCAGUACUACAGCAACCUGUUCUGUCUCUCGCUCUCUCACUCCUCCCGAAAACAGCAGGAUUAACCCCUCUCCCCGCCCCCCCCCCCCCCCAUCCCGUCCCUUCAGUAUGGAACAUACAGGGUCUGAGAGACUCCACCUGCACCCGUGCUCCCGAUUGCUCUCCACCAAUCUCUUUGCUUCGGCACACCCACCCACGAGCUCUUGUUUGUUUUUCCUUUGAACUUGUCUGCUCCCCUAACACCAGCUGAACACGUCUGCUCCCUUAAGACCAGGUGCAUCUCUCCCACGCCCUCCAAGAUACUUUUGUUUUCUUUGCCUUUUUGUCUCUCCCUGUCAGUGUCAUUAUGUCUCUUUCUUGGUGGUUUUUGCGUUCUUUAUGCCAUUCUGUCUCUUUCGUCCUCUCCCUUUCUCUCCUUGGUGAGCGCCGACGUGUUUGCUCAUAGGUGUCUUGCGGGCAUGUGACAUUCCACACUAUCUCCGAAACAGAAAUGAGGCCUGGGUCAGGAGCCAAAGACUCGUUAAAACUACAAAACGCCCCUUUCCUUUCUGUUUCAAUCACGUUGUGGAGGAAGAGCGCAGGGGGGAGUCCUUUUAACUGUCAUCUUAAUCAUUUUGUGGUACUACUUCAGUUUAACUAAUGUCUAGGGAAGAUGCAUGCUGCUCAGAAAUGGGUGGUGCAGUUCCUGCUAUACUAUCCAGCAUCCAGUAAGAGAAUGGUUGUAGUUGCCUCAAGAACAGGUGGGAAAGUUUGAACCAUUUGAGCCUUGUGAAGGAGAAUGAGCCUCGUCUUUCUGUAAAAGCCUCACAAAUUAUGUGUACGAGCCUCUUUAGUCUUUCUGAAACAGCCUCACCAAGAGUCAUUCUGAAACAGCCUCAUUAAGAGUCAUUCUGAAACAGCCUCAUUAAGAGUCUUUCUGAAACAGCCUCAUUAAGAGUCUUUCUGAAACAGCCUCAUUAAGAGUCAUUCUGAAACAGCCUCAUUAAGAGUCAUUCUGAAACAGCCUCAUUAAGAGUCAUUCUGAAACAGCCUCAUUAAGAGUCAUUCUGAAACAGCCUCAUUAAGAGUCUUUCUGAAACAGCCUCAUUAAGAGUCUUUCUGAAACAGCCUCAUUAAGAGUCAUUCUGAAACAGCCUCAUUAAGAGUCAUUCUGAAACAGCCUCAUUAAGAGUCAUUCUGAAACAGCCUUGUUCAGAGAUUUUCUGAAAUGGCCUCGCUUACAGUCUGAAACAGCCUCUUUAACAGCCUUUCUGAAAUAGCCUCGUUAAGAGUCUGAAAAUAGAUCUGGGACAAGAAGAUGUAGAGUGUGGGGUGGGAAACUGGGGGUGGGAAUCAAAUGCAGUGCUUUAAAAAGUUUCCAUUGUUUGUACAGUGUGUGAUACGAAAUCCCUAGUCUUAUCCGUACUGCAAUUUAUUAUUACGUGGAUACACAGUGUGUGCUCUGUCCAGAUCACUAAUGCCGAUCAAAUAAAUUCAGAAUGAGCUACUUGUAAUUCAUUAUGCCAAAAACACAACUCAAAAAUAUUCCUAUCUCCAGAGAGCUGGGUGCUGUCACAGGCUUGUGCCUGAAACUGAAGUUACGGUUUUUACUGUUGAGGGCGCUGGUCUCCUAUUUAUGGGCAAGUGCAGGGCUGACAUUGAAACUGCAGUUCAAUCCGUAGACUCUAGAGGGUGCUGGAGUCCCUAAGUGGGGUAAAUGUGUGAGUGGCAAAGGCAAGGGCACAUUUUUAUUUAUGAACGAUUCCCUUAGAGUCUACAUUAGCUCACCGUAUCUUAAACCGAUCUAACAACGCAGUGGAAUAAAUCACGUAGCUUCUUUUUAAUGAAGUGUUUGUAUUUUUGUUAUAUUUAUCUUUUUUAUGGUACUUAUUACAUGGGUUGAGUCGAUUGAAGGCUUCAGUAUUGUGCGAGAUCAGUCAAGCAGCCACAGCUCUCCGAAAAAAAUGUAAAUCUUUGUCCCAAGGAGCCUCAGGAGCAGAAUUCUCCUGCUCAGUGUAAAUGCUUAGACGCUAUUCCUCAAAGAAUAACAAAUGCUAUGCUUGCGAACAAUCACGAACCUCCCAAUAACCCCAACCCCCUACUCCUGAAGGUCAGAAUGAAUGAAAUGAAAGGUGGGUUGAAAUUCCAUACCUGUGCGCAUAUACGUACUGAUGCUGUGCUUUUGGGAUGAAUUCACUUGAGUGGGUUCCAGCAGCCAUCCUGUUCAUUGAUGGGCUGUACGAGUGUUAGCAUGACGGUCUGCUGAGGUCGAAAAAGUUCAGAACUUCAGAAGGUCUGAGUUGUGACUGGUGCUUGAAACCAGGUUGUGUGGCCCUUAUAGAGCCUAUAUUAGGCAGUGCAUGAAGUGGAGUUUCCCUUUAAUUUGGUUUGUAUAUGUAAAAAUAAUAACAAAUGUACAUAAUUAUGAAUAUCUCACAUAAACACCAAAAUUUCACCGCUUUGGAAAGGUCAUCUCCGCUCAUCUUGAGCACUUUCACGUGAGCGCGACAUCGUUAGCAAUAGUUCGCCUUUUUCACUCUCCUCAGUGUAGGAAUAUUAUAUAUAUGUGUAGCCUGAGAUGGUAUUUUUUUUAGUUAACUCACAAAUUAUCAAUGUUACAUUCAAAGUAACACCAUAUAAUCCUGCCCAUUUACCAGUUCAGAGUUAUUUCUUCUUUACUCUUCUACAGAUGGGCCGACAGGCUUUGUUGGAUUCUGUAAACUGGUACAGGUGUUUGUUACAGCUCUCUGUCACAUGACUUAAAGGUAAUCAAGGGGAAACACACAGGAACAUAAUCAUACGGUGAUUAUCAUGGGCAUAAUUACAUACAUCAUUAUGGUGGACAUAAUCGAGAACAAAGCUGGAACAGCAGCAUGAAAAAACCACAAUGAAAACCAGAAAAAAACAACAACAAAAAAAAACCCAUUCAGUUAUAAACUAAAAACAGAAUCUGUUGAAACAUUAAACUCAUUUCUAAGAAGAACAGAAAUGAUUUCCUGAGGCUAUUGUGUGCAUUAAAUGUCUGUACUCAUUAAAAACAUGAGCACCACUGUAUAGGUCUGUGGUUUACAGUGCUGUGUAGGCCUGCUAUGAAUAUUUGUAGUAGAGUUAGUACAGCCAUUAGUCACGUUUAGUUCUGCCACCAAGUGCUGAUGGAUCCUUUAUUUUAUUAUUUACCGGUUUGAAUUGCACUACUCACUUAAUUCUGGGAUUAACUGUUGAAUAAGGAAUGCUGAAUAUUCUCUCUAGUCCAGUCCAAGCCGCCAGAAAAUAUGGUUCAGUCAAUGGUGGAUGGACCUGCUUACGGACAGCCAAGCCAGUGCGCCUUGUGGUUUCCAAUCAGAUGGUUCAUAUUCACUUUAAAAUGCUGGAAAGAAGCUCUAAGCCUACUAAUACUGUAUGCAGUAAAUAAAAAUCAUACGAAAGACUUGAUUUACGCUCGCAUUAAGCAAUAACAAUGACCAGUGUAAUUUUGGGCUUCGUUCCAGUUCAGAGGAGUCCUGGGACAGCGGGUUCCCUUCGGCUUCUCGUAUUCCAAAGUACGCUCUGUAUUUAAAACACGGGCCACGCAAACCAAACCGUCAGUCUGGCACAUUCGCCCUUCAGGUAUGCAGAGGUCUCUGUGGCUCUCCCGGACCAGAACUGUCCAUCACUGAUGUCGUUUCUUUGAUUUCAGUACUUCUCUACAUUGGUCUUCAAAAAAAAAAACAAAAAAAAAAACUGAAACAAAACCAGUAUUUGAUUCACCCUGCUAGUUGCACCUUCUCCACUGUAGAAAGCCACCUUCAGCCAGUGGCACUGAACUCAAACCCUUGUGGUGCCGCGUCGCUUGGGUAUCUUUUGUACAUAUAUAUGCACAUGUCUUGUUCUUAGUUUUCUAGUGAUGUGAUGUCCGUGAGAUAUUUCUUUUUUUGUGCGUGUGGGGGUGGGGGAGUCAGGGAGGGUAGUCAAAAAAAAUAAAAAUAUAUUUGUGGAGGAGAUUCAUUGUUGACACAAAAUGUUUGAAAUUGACUGCACAGUUUUAUUAUUAAUGUUUUCAGUAAGUGUUUGAAUACUCAGCUGAUCGUAGUGCACAUAACCAACCGUCCGGACUAAGCACACUCAUAACUGUAUAGGUUUGUUCUAAUAAUUUGAUCUGUUCAAUAAAGACUAAACAUCUUCAGGAAA